CGAAUAUCUUCGUGUUGUAAGUCUUAAACCAUCCUUCUAUAUUUAGCCUUCGAGGUGCGUGAGUUUCGUGCACGCGGUGUGCGCAACUCCAAAAACCUUAUUGGAGUAAUUUGGCUAUUGAAGCACAACCUUAACUCCCACUUUGGAUUACCAGAUCAAAUUCGAGCAUAACCCCAGGAGCCUCAGGCAGACGACAAUGCCAGUAUUAAACUACACGUUCGUAUCGUUUGUCGUUGCAACUUUACAACCACGGCAUUUGCUCGACUACUUCGUGAAAAUAUUAAAGCCAAGCAGUAUCAUAAGCGCAAAGAUGUGCCACGCUUUAUAGAAAUUGGUAAAAAUUGGUAUGCAAUUGGAAUUCAUUUGCAUGAUUAGAAAAUAAUACGAGAGAGUCUGUGUGUCCGAGACAGACACGCAAAAUGUGCGCACGAGUCUUGGCGUGUCCGCUGUGCUCGCAGCCUGGAUUCUUGACGCUUGAUGCACUACGAGCUGGACUUGUAAGUGUAGCGACUCGACCCUUGAUAUGUCCUGUCUGCAAUGAGGUACUGUUAGGCAUAGAUAAAUUAACUAUACAUCUGUUUGGUCACACGAUCAAUCUGAGCAGCAGUACAGCUGAAUCGUUGAAGUCCCCGGAUGUCGCUGCCACCAACGAGCAUCUGAUCUCCGUCCAUGACGCGCACAACGUUGUUCUACAGGAUUGGAAUAUACUGAGGCAAUUAGGCAAAGCAGUAAGUGGCAACAACAGGACUUGCACAGAAUCAUCGGAUCCUGGAGUGCCGAGUGUAGGGAACAACAUAGAUUCUCAGUCCAAGAAUCAAAAUCCGUCGAUGAAGGGCCCAAGUCAAUCCAGUUUCGUAUCGGAUUAUAAUCACGACGUGAUAAAAGUGACUAUUCUUCCGCAAUUGAAUGGGAAUCGCAACGCGGUCGAGCGAGCGGCCGCAGAUCCGCAACAAGGAGCAUCGAAAGUAAACUGUGCGACACAGCAUUUUGGUAAUAUCAAACGCUUCAGCGUACCUCAGGGAGCCGUACAGACGGAGAAAUCGGCCGUGUCGGAUUUAAUUAUUGCGACAAAGAUGACGGGAACUGUAAAUGCCAAAAGCUAUCAAGGUCCAUUCAAAUGCAUUGAACCGAACAGCGGCCAACAGCAAGAAAGUCAGACGACAGAUUUAAUUGAGGGACAACACGAUCUCCCUACUUUUCAAUCGUUCCAGAACAUAAUGGCAAACGUUUGCGUGAGAGAAUCAAAGGAAAAGCGUAGUGGCAAGGAGAGCUUGCCCAAUGCGGAGAAAACGACCCUAGAAACGAAUGCCGGGGAUCAGAAUCAAAAUUUAGACCAUGGACAAACGUUGCCCCACGCGCAAACAAGCGGCAAAACGGUCUUCCGCGCGAUAGCGCCGAAGGAGAGGAUGGAGAGAUGUAACGUAUGCGGCUUUCAUUUUCCUGAUACCACCAUUCUGGCUUUGCACAAGCAAUUAGUGCACGAGCAGGAUAUGAGCAAUGGUCCGGAGAAGGUUUUUAAGAAUUACUCUUGCCAUCUGUGCUCCAAGGUGUUCAAAAUGCGAGGCAGUUUGAUAGUGCAUAUGAGAGUGGCGCACGUUGCACAUAAUCUAGGUUCUUUUCCUAAGGAUGAUCAAAACGAAGUUACAAGCGGCGACGCUGGAUACACAUGUCCCACGUGCGGGAAAAAAUUCAAGAAGGAGCAACAUGUGGUGCAACAUUUGAAGACUCAUGAGGGCAAGCAGUGGGAGUGCGAUAGCUGCGGUAAGAUGUUCACGACGAAGUACUUCUUAAAGAAGCACAAACGACUGCACUCUGGGGAGAUGCCGUACAAAUGUGAAAUAUGCGACAAGAGCUUUACCUUCCAACAGUCGUAUCACAAGCACAGGCUCUAUCAUAGGGACGACAAGCCGCACACCUGCGCGACCUGCGGCAGAUCGUUCAAAGAGCUUUCCACAUUACACAAUCACGAGAGGAUUCACACCGGGGAAAAGCCGUUUGCGUGCGAGACAUGCGUGUCUAUAACAUUGUGGUGUGCUGUGCAUGGCUUACUGAAAGCAGGAAAAUGUUUCCGCCAGCGUGUUUCGUACUUAGUCCACCGUCGAAUUCAUACAGGAGUGAUGCCUUAUAAAUGCACAAUGUGUGGCAAAAGCUUCCGAUACAAGGUGAGUCAAAGAACUCAUAAAUGCCCCGUACAGACAUCAGGCGGCGCGCAGCAAUUGAUAUCCGAUACACGGGAGACUGAUAACAAAACAGUCGGCUCACAGAUCGCCGAUACCCUGCAAGAAGAUCAAUCGAUGACCAACACCGUUGACAACGAGAAAAACAAGUAUGUGUUGAUAAUAAACGUUCAGGGGCAACCUGUUUUAGAGCUGCAAUCGAAUAUAAAUAACGUACCUCCCGAGAGAAAGGAACAAGGCAUCGAAUUUAGAGACACCAGUAAUACCAAUGAGGAUCCAAAGAGCAAGACGUGGGAUACUAAUGAUCUUAACAGUGCAGGACUCGAGGAAUCAGUGGAAUCAAUUGAGAGAGUGCGAUUAGACAAUGAAAAAAUAGAUGCGAAAGGCACGAAUGAUUUCUUUUCCAUGGUGAUGUCGCCCCUCGAGACUAGCCUGUCGUCAUCGACGUUCGAGAUGGAGCACUUGCGCGUAUCUUCGCCUAAACGCAAAGAGGAUUCGAUAGAUUCUUACACCAGCUUUCCACAAGUCUCCGACAAUGCGCAAAUGAAUCUGGUGGAGCCGAGUGGCCUAGAGCAUGACUUUAGCCAUAACAAGGAUUCUCUACAAACCAUAAAUGAAGACUCUUUGAAGGAAUUACUAUAUGGUAUAGAUAGAAAAUGAAGUAAAUAUAUGCUUUAAACUCAAUAGUACAAACUAACGAUACAUUAGAUCUGUUAGAGCUAAUUAUAUAGAAAACAAAGAUAUUUAUUAACUGUAAAAUUUGCAAAUUGUUAAAAUUAUAUGAUUGAUGCUGUAACUUGAUUACACAUUGGCAUAUGUAGAUACAAAAAACAAUGAUUAUAUAUAAUUUAUUAGUCUUAGAAAUAAUGGAAUAAUAGCAAAUUUGGACAUACAUUUAUUUUUGGUAUUAUAAAGAUUGCUGUAAAUGAAAAUAUCUAAGCAAAAAAAUAAUACAAGUGUUUUAACAGACAAAGUGUCUAAUAUAUAUUAAGCUGAAAUUCUGGAUAGGAUAAGCUAAUAAACAAAUAAAACAUCUUAAUAUAACUGAUCUACUACAAAAAUUAAAUAAGUCUAAAAAGUUAAAUUUUCAGGAAACAAGAAAACUUCUCAUCUUCAAUUUAAAAAGAAUGUACAUCUAAUCAUCAUAUUUAAACAAUGUAUAAUUCAUACUUUUAUAUGAAAAUUAUACAAUGAAAUUUUAUAUUUUUUAUUUUAAAAUGUUCUGUAAACUUCAUUUUUCCUUAUGAAUAUAUAGUUUUUUCAAAAUUU